UGCGCACCAGGGAGGAGCCGCAGAGAACGCCGGGAGCAGUUCUCCUUGUGCCAUGUGUGAGAGAGUCCCCAGGACACCUGCCUAUGAAUGAAAUUGCUGGAUUGAAAGGAAUUUCUUCACAUGGCUUCUGAAGAUGUGACCAUUACGGUUCGCCUCAUUCGUUCAUUUCAACAUCGCAAUUUCAGACCUGUAGUAUAUUAUGGAGUUCAUUUGGACCAAACUGUAAAGGAAUUUAUAGUAUUUCUAAAGCAAGAUAAACUAAAGAUUGUUCAUCAAGCACAUAAAUCAAAGACAAAUGAACUUGUGUUGAGUUUGGAAGAUGAUGACAGACUCCUGUUAAAAGAAGACAGCACCCUGAAAGCCACUGGAAUCGCCAAUGAAACUGAAAUUGCAUUCUUCUGUGAAGAGGACUAUAAGAACUACAAAGCUAAUCCCCUUUCAUCCUGGUGAAAACUUCACAGGGCUUCCUUUUUGCAUACUUGUAUUAAGCUCUUUAUUCCACUAGUGAGUUUUUUAAAUUGACAAAUAAACUUU